AUGGAGUUUUUAAGGAACUUAGAGGAAUCCCAUGAAGAUUUGAUUUAAGUCCUAGUCAUUCAACUAAAUGGAUUACAAACUAUUCAAGAUGACCCAGAUCCAGCAGUCGAUCUGCUCAUUGAUGAGUCAGGUGAAUCAUUGAAUCUAUAAAACGUUAAGAGGUUGCUCAUUAAACAGCUUCUAUGUAGUGUAAUAAGAUAAGGAGUCGAUAAAUUAGAUGAUUAUAAGAAGGACAGGGUAUUAUAAAAAUCAAUGUUAGCUUCAAUGCAUUAAUGGGUGGAAAGACUGAACAAAGAAUACGUUAAAGUUAGUGAUGAGGAUUACAAUCCCUUCAAAAGUAUAAUGAAAAGAAAUGACCCCAACUCAAAGGAUGAGUACAAUAAAACAGGAGACAUCAAGGGAGAUAGACUUGAUAUUAAUUACAUUAACUCAGUCUAUGAUGAUAAUCUCACAUAAAGACUCAUUAAUUACAACACUAGUACCCAUUUGAAUGCUAUAAAUGUUAAGAGUGACCCUGAAAUGUAUAUGACAUUUCAAAAAGAUGGAAAACCAUAUAAAUCAGGCCCAGGCUAUAAUAUGGCAGAGGGUUCAAUAGAUGAGGAUGCAACAACUUUACCUUAGUCCGAGAGAUUACCAACUAAAACUAGUAUGGAUGUAAAGAGCUCAAUACUUAAUUUUAAUACGAGCAUGUCUCCAUUGGAAAAGGAUCCAUCUAAAAGGUUCAUUAUUCAGCCUUAGUACUAUGAAGGCAAAGAGCUAGAGAGAUACUUGAGCCAAAAGAAUUAAGACUCAGCUUUUAAUACCAUUCAAACGAACUCAAUCAAGAAAUUACCUGAACAGUAUAUUCAGGAUGAUGACGAUGAUGAUGAAAUGGAGGAAUCAGACAAUGAUCUCUAAGCCAACUAGAGAGGAGACUCACUUUAAAAUCCAAGUUCUAAGAUAUUAAACCACAAUAAUGUUAACACUGGAGGCUAAAAUAGCAUUAAGUAAUAUAAUCCAUUCUCGCAAAGGUAGAAUUAGCCAAACUCAAUUGAGUCAUAAGAUCUAAGGCUGCCUCAGAUUUAGAGUAACUAUUUAAAGGGGACCUAAAGUUCAUUUAAUUCAACUGAUGGGAUUGGUUCGAGUUUCAACUAUCCUCUGGGGAUAGUAUACUCAGCUCAGAAUAAGUAAUCUAAUUCCAGAUUCUUCAGAUAGUUUGUACCAAUGAAGGGAGUACCUAAAAUAAUAGAUUUAACAAAGGAUAAUGUAAAUGAAUAAAUUGAUGGCCCAAGCAAAGAUUAAAAUCAGCAUCUAAGCCCUGCAAAAUCUAAAAAGAAAAUAAACAAAACUUUCAUUCAAGGUAGAACUUCUGUUUUUAUGGAAGGAAAAAAACUUCCUGAUCAGCAGAUGUUUAAUGAGUUUAAAUAUAACAUGAAUUAGUAUAUUAGCAUGGAUCCAGAAGAUUUAGCUCAAGAGACAAGUUUUCAUAAAAAAGAGAAAAUACUCACGAUGCAAGCACAGUAAUCCAUCUAUUUCUUAAGAGAUUAUAAACCUUUUGAGGAAGUUCAACUUGAUCCGCCCUCUCCCAAAAAAGAAGAAGAAAAUUAGGAUGCCAACUAAAAAGCAGAGAAUAAAAGACUUAGCUUUAUUGUAGUAAGAAAAGAAACACCUCCAAGGAAUCCAUUGGUAAUUUCAGCUUUGGAAUCUCAGGAUGAAAUGCUGACUACAAAGAUCAAGAAUAUGCAGCAGACAUUAUCUGCUCUAGCUAAUCAUAGUAAAUCUCUUGGUAAAUCUGCAACGAAUUACCCCUUCCUAUCUAGAGGUUUGGAUGUGGAGCAUGAAUCUUUAGAGGAUAUUGAGAUACUCAAAAAGCAUUUAGCAUCAAUUGGUAUGAAUGUACCAGCUAGAAUCCUAAAAAAUGCUAUUUUCUUGCCUAGAGAUAUUGAUGCUGAGAAUAGAAAGUACCCUCGAAUAAUAGACAUGCUAUUUUCUGAGGAGUAAUUGAUGCCAAAGAAGAAGGUAAAAAGAGCUAAAACCAAAGAUGGUAGAUCUUCUUCCUCAAAGCAAAAUGACUCACUUCCCUUAAUAAAAAACAAAAACAAUCCAACAGCUGGUUAUAAUGCCAAACUAUUUUACAAUAUAAACGCUUGA